UCAUCAUCACCAAAUUUGGCUUUAUUAAUAUCAGUUCCAAUUGCUAGUGCUGUUGUUAUUGUUGGAAUAAUUGCUGGAUUAAUAUAUUGGAGAAAACGACGUUCAACAGAUGAAGAAAACUUAUUUGAACAUUCAGGUGUUCGUUUUUCAUCUGGUUCAUAUCAAUCAUCAAUAGAACAAAAUCAAUAUGAAAGAAAUUAUAAUAAUAUUCUUAGUGAACGUCUGUGA